CUGAAGGCAAAAUGGUGUAGAUGUCCUCCAUAAAGCGUGUGUAUACGUAACCCGGUAUUGAAAUGCACCUUCACACAUUACGCGUUGUACACAUAUCCGAAAUAUUAGGUAUACUGUAACCUACGUACCUACAUAUGAAUCUUGAACGAUCACUCCGUCUCAGAGUCAGGAUCAGGAGUUUUGAAAAACUCGGCCAAUCCUUAGCGGCUCCUACGUGAGCUGGCCGAACGCCUACUCGCGGACAGCGGAAUUCUCAUCAGUCGCUCCGUCCGCGAUCAUCUGCGCGAUCUCCUGCGAGCGACGGAACCGCGCCGACUGUGAGGGCUUCACUCUGGCCGAAAACGGCACCUGUCUCACCUUCUCCAGAAUCUCACGUGGGAGUGUGCUUCCCCCGGGCAGCACACCGGUGCAGUAUAGACGGAUGGGACCGCCCAGUGAACCGUGCCCCCCUGGGUGGCACUUCUUCCGCGAGAGCUGCUACCUGGAGGUGCUGGAUGAGCUCGUCUGGGAGGAUGCCCGCGCCGCCUGCCUGGCGCGUGGUGCCAACUCUGACCUGGUUUCCGUCAAUGAUAUGGUUGAGGUCGCGUGGCUGCUGCAUCGCGAGUCUCGUUCGCGCCACAGCGAGUCAGUAGGCGCGCUUCGCUUGAAUGGGGAAAUACUAAACGUCGACGGCACGACUCCGCCAGAAGAAAUGGUUCUGAAAGAGGACACCAAGGACGCCUGUUUCGCUGUGAGAUACUCCUUCCAGAACGAGAUCCGAGCCCGAAACUGUUCGCUGAUGAUCCCCGUCUACAUCUGCGAGACUCCGCUGCUCUGUCGAUCCGGCUGGCCCUGUCCGGCAGGGUGGCUCGGUAUGGGCGACUACUGCUACCACUACGUCUCCAGCGCCCACAGCUGGCGGCAGGCUGACGAUCACUGCGCCACAAUGGAGACGGGCGCGCGGCUGGCCGCCUUCGUCAACCCUGCCACGUUCCGCGUGCUCUACGAGAGCUUCUCGCCGCCGUCGGCCGUGUUCGUGGGUCUCUCAGACCGGGAGACGGAGGGCGAGUUCCAGUCGGUGGAUGGCUCAGCUUGGAACGUCACCUGGAAGGACGGUCAGCCUGAUAAUAGUGGAGGCAACGAGCACUGCGUCCAAAUGGACAGAGAGGGCGCAGAUGAUGUGUCCUGCGCCCUCACGCUUCCCUUCUUCUGCCGUGUAAACAAGACGCCGUGCUAAGGGCUAAGGCCGUUUUGAUCAAUAAAUGGCAAAUUUGUUCGA